UGCUCUCCCCCGGCUCCCUCCCGACGCUCACCGGGCAGCGGAGUCGGUGCCCCGCUGGCUGAAGGAUCCCAUUCGCUGCCAGCCGGAGCCGAGCAGGAGGGAAGUGCAGAGCCCGGGGAAAAUGCCAGUCGAGACAAGUUCUUUCUCCAGAUGACUGACCUGCUCCUCUCGUUUUUAAUCCUGAAGCCAGAUUGUUUUAACUAAAGAUGGAAACACUGGAGUCGGAACUGACUUGUCCAAUUUGUUUAGAGUUGUUCGAAGACCCUCUUCUUCUGCCGUGUGCUCACAGCCUGUGCUUUAGCUGCGCCCACCGCAUUUUGGUCUCCAGCUGCUCCUCCGGUGAGAACCUUGAACCCAUCACUGCCUUCCAGUGCCCCACUUGCCGACAUGUCAUCUCCCUUAACCAUCGGGGCCUAGAAGGCCUUAAACGCAAUGUGACCUUGCAGAAUAUCAUUGACCGCUUCCAGAAGGCCUCUCUGAGUGGGCCCAGUUCCCCCAGUGAGAACUAUCGUGAGCGGCCCUAUCGCCACAGCCCGACCAUGUCGACAGUGGGAGACCGGAUAGCUUGCCAGUUCUGCGAGCAGGACCCUCCCCGCGACGCCGUCAAGACCUGCAUUACUUGCGAGGUGUCCUACUGUGACCGCUGUCUGCGGGCCACCCACCCCAACAAGAAGCCAUUCACCAGCCACCGGCUGGUGGAGCCUGUGCCGGACGCUCACUUCCGGGGGCUGACAUGCCUUGAGCACGAAAAUGAGAAGGUGAACAUGUACUGUGUGGCUGAUGACCAGCUCAUCUGUGCCUUAUGCAAACUGGUGGGGCGGCACCGGGAUCACCAAGUGGCGUCCCUGAGUGACCGGUUUGAGAAGCUCAAGCAAACUCUGGAGAUGAACCUCACCAACUUGGUUAAGCGCAAUAGUGAGCUAGAAAACCAGAUGGCCAAACUGAUACAGAUCUGCCAGCAGGUGGAGGUAAACACAGCCAUGCAUGAGGCCAAACUGAUGGAAGAGUGCGACGAGUUAAUGGAAAUCAUCCGUCAGCGCAAGCAAGUGAUUGCUGUCAAGAUCAAGGAGACGAAGGUGAUGAAGCUGAGGAAGCUGGCCCAGCAGGUAGCCAACUGCCGACAGUGCCUGGAGCGGUCGACGGUCCUCAUCAACCAAGCUGAGCAUAUCCUGAAAGAGAGCGACCACGCACGGUUCCUGCAAACAGCAAAGAAUGUGGCGGAAAGGGUUGCCAUGGCAACUGCAUCCUCUCAAGUUUUGAUACCUGAUAUCAAUUUUAACGAUGCCUUUGAAAACUUUGCUUUAGAUUUUUCCAGAGAGAAAAAAUUGCUGGAGGGGCUGGAUUAUCUAACAGCACCCAACCCACCCUCUGUCCGUGAAGAACUUUGCACUGCCUCCCAUGACACCAUCACUGUCCACUGGAUCUCAGAUGAUGAGUUCAGCGUCAGCUCGUAUGAGCUCCAGUAUACCAUCUUCACCGGCCAGGCCAACUUCAUCAGCCUCUACAAUUCUAUGGACAGCUGGAUGAUUGUCCCCAACAUCAAGCAGAACCAUUAUACUGUGCACGGGUUGCAGAGUGGCACGCGAUACAUCUUCCUCGUCAAGGCAAUCAAUCAGGCUGGCAGCCGGAAUAGUGAACCUGCACGACUCAAGACUAACAGCCAGCCCUUCAAGCUGGACCCAAAAAUGGCUCAUAAGAAGUUGAAGAUCUCCAAUGAUGGGCUCCAGAUGGAGAAAGAUGAAAGUUCCCUGAAAAAGAGUCACACCCCCGAGAGGUUCAGCGGAACAGGCUGCUAUGGGGUCGCGGGGAAUGUGUUCAUUGACAGUGGGUGCCAUUAUUGGGAGGUGACCCUGGGAACCUCCACCUGGUACGCCAUUGGCAUUGCCUACAAAUCAGCCCCUAAGAAUGAGUGGGUCGGCAAGAACUCCUCCUCUUGGGUUUUCUCCCGCUGCAACAACAGUUUUGUAGUGCGGCAUAACAACAAGGAGAUGCUGCUUGACGUUCACCCCCAGAUGAAGCGCCUGGGCGUUCUCCUGGACUAUGACAAUAAUGUGCUCUCCUUCUAUGAUCCUGCCAACUCUCUCCAUCUUCAUACAUUUGAGAUUGCUUUCAUCCUGCCUGUCUGCCCCACCUUUACCAUUUGGAACAAAUCAUUAAUGGUGGUCACAGGCCUUCCUGCCCCAGACUUUAUAGACUACCCGGAACAGCAGGAAUGCAACUGCCGACCCCAAGAGUCCCCAUAUGUAUCAGGAAUGAAAACCUGCCAUUGAGGAUCCAAGGAGACCCUUCUUUCCAGCCAAGAACUACUGUGCAACUAGAUGGGGAGGCAGGCUCAUCUGUGUUUGGAGGCCGUGGGCAGCCUGCUAGCUUCUCUCUUACUGAAAUUCCACCACUCAUGGUGCACCUUGUUCAAGGAGUGUGGGUGGUGUUUCAUGGACCAGAUUUUUAAAAUUUUAUUUUAUUUUUUUGAUAGCACUACUGAAUUAUCUCCAAUGGAGUUGGCAUGUCUUGUUUGUUCUUGACAAGAAGAAGGGUACCAUGGCAGGGUAUGGAGAUGGGUCAUGCCAUCUCAGCUGCAAGGGAAUCAAAAGUGCAACAAGAGUUUUGUUUUGUAUACAGGCAGAGCGUUCUUAGGGUCCCCAUCAGGUCUCUAACCUAUCAUUUUGGGAGAAUUGGAACCAAACAAAAUUGGAACCCAAGCCAUUGCUAGAAAGUACAGGUCUGGGUUCACCUAUUACCCCAUGACAAUUGUACAUGGGAGGAGGGGGCAGAAUGAAUUUAGCACUCUGCAGAUGUUCCUCCUGCACAUUAGCAGACACAUGGAAAAGGGACUUAGCCCUGUCCCAAACAUUUUCUCAUCAGCCUUAUCCCCCCGCUCAUGUACAUUCAAGCACAGUGGCUAUAAACAAGGAUUGGCCCAUAAACUGCUGAUUGCACAUCAGUUCCCCUUGGCAGAUGUUACACUGAACAUGCAGAGGCACGAGGAGAGCAUUUGGUGCUCUGUGAGUGCAACCCACUUUCUUCCAAUCCCAGUCUAAAUGAAUGGAGAUGAGAUCCAUGUAGACCUAUGAUAUGCACCCAGUGUGAAUAUGUUGGGAAAACUUGGCUAACUGAAGCUUUGCGCAUGCACUUUUACAUACAAGUGGGAGCCCGCUGCUGGUGGUGGCAGACUAACUUUUCUUCCUACCCAGAGAUACCUUCUGAGUAGGGAAUUUUGUAAGCAAGUGAAAAGUCCAAAGAGCCAUAAGGAAUGCAUUUUAUUCAGAAAUGAGUGACAUGGUUCUAGCCUAAAAGCUAUAAUAACUUCAGGAUGUUGGUUUUUGAGAUGCAACAGAUUCACUUCUUUGGCUCACAGCAUACUUUGCCUGGAACUUUACUAGGGGAAAAGGAGCCAGUAACACCCCCUGCAACCCAACCCAACCCAACCCAACCCAAGGCAGGAAACAUAAGAGGAAGCAUUUAGAUUUAGGACAGUCUCUGAACCAACAAUUUACUUUGUAAAGUUAGCGUUCCAGAUGGGUAGAAUCCAAAAGGAUUCCUCCACUUUAUUUGCUGGUGUCCUGAUUGUCCCAUUUUUUGGUGCAGAUCAUUUGAUCUGAGGUUGGUUAUCCCUCGUUUUUCUGGGACAAGGCAUCCUUGCUGCUUCCUCCUCUAGUAGUUCCCAUCUUAGAGGGACCAAGUCAGGUGGCUCCGUUAUGUCACCUGAUGGGGCAGACUAAACUUCAGCCUAUUUGUGUGUGUGUGUGGGGGGGGGAUUGCAAGGGUCCCAAAUGGAUGCACUAAACCUCCCAGAGGUGUAACACAUCUGUUUGGCCUUUAAUUUGACCCUACCCCCCCUAAAUUGCUAAACAUUGCACUGCCAAACAUAGGUCAUUUUAAUUGCUGAAUUUCUUGGCAUGGCUUGGGUACCUCAGAUCAAGCCUUGGGGGGGCAUGCAUCCCAUGGAAUGCCCACUUGUGAUAUAGGAAAAGAUGGGAACUGUAGUCCCCUAACUUUCCACCCCAGACUGGGGGAGGCUGUUUUAGAUUGCAGCCCAUUGUUGUGGCUUCCAGAAAAGUCAUACCAGAUCAUUCCGUGUCUGGGGACAGAGUGGCAUCAACUGCCAUAUGGAAGAAAGCUUGAAAUGGUUUCUUCUUUGCUCAGUAUGCUCAACAUUUGGGCAUUUUCUUCCUUGGGGGAAUGUGGCUUCUGUUGCUUUAGGGGUCAAAGAAAAACAUUGAGAGCAUGAUAUUAUUCAGGUUUGCAUUGUGUUUGCCCUCAGGUUCUGUCAUGCAAUGCAGGGAGAAUUUAAUUGAGAUGUUGGCAGGUCAAAUGUAAUGCCAUUGGAAGAUUUCAGUGGGAUGCCACUGUUACAAAGAAGUAGCCAUCAUGCCACAGUAUUUGGUGUUCUGUAGCUAUGGGCAGGUACCCUACAAGGUUUCCUCUACAGCAAUGACCAAGACUUUUACGAUUGCUGCUAAAGUUGUCACUCCUAAAGACGUAAGGUCAGUGGCACAAGGAUCAACUUCCUUCAAGUUGCGUGACGUGACUUGAAAUUGCUUUUUGUUUUAGAGAGAGGGUUUUUGGGUCGGCUCAGUCUGAAGAGGUGACCUGAAAUAAAUGGGAGGGUACCCCCACCACCAAUGUCCUUGUGCCCAAAUAUCAAAGUCCAAGAUCACUGUGAUGUGGUAGUAGUGUUCCUGUUUUAUUUCCUGCCAACUUGUGUACGCAUUAUUGCACAGAAUUCAAUAAUCUAUCAUAAACUUCUGAGAAUCUCAGCCAUCAUUUAAAAAGCAAACAAACAGUGUUUUAGAUCACUAGCCUUUCUUUAUGGUUCAACAGAGAUGUGGAAAUGUAGAAGCAAAAACAUCUCCAGAAGGCCCUGGAGUUAAGAGAUGGAAAAUAUGUGCCCUUCAUAAUUUUCCUUUCUCUGACGCAUACCUCUCGAUUGUGUUCUGUAUCUGUCAUAACCUCUUCUUAUCCCCAUAAUCUCCUCUUCUAUCUCUGCUCCUGAUAUCUCUCUCUCUCUCUCUCUCUCUCUCUCUCUCUCUCUCUCUCUCUCCCUCUCUCAUAUGAACCUGCCUCCCUUCCUCAUUUCUGCAAAAGUGCUCAGAUUCGACCAGUAGAGAUGCAAGAUGGGACAUUAUGCAAGAUGAAAAAUAUAACUACAAUGUAUUUUGAUGAUUUGCUCUAAUUUCAGAAUGCAGUUUCUUGAUGUUGAGUUGGGAGGAAUUAUAUUCCUACAGCAUGGAGAGACACUGAACAAGUUUCAUUGUUCUAUUUUCAUUGGUUUGUCAUAGAUGCCUUCUGUAGCAUUUAAUCCCUCCCUCCCUCCCUCCCUUCCUCUUGGCUACACAUGAGAACUACCUCAUUGCACACACUUCCAGAUGGAAAUAAAAACAGGGCUUAGUUUAUGGUUAGGGAUUGGUAACUUGAUGCUUUCUAGACAUGGUGGGCUACAGCGCCCAUAAAUCCUAAACACUGGGGAUUAUGGGAAUUGCAACCCAAGAUAUUGGAAGAGCCUCAAGCUGCCUUCUUCUGAUGGGGAAGAACUGCUGCCUUCUCUCCGUUCUCCACUCCUCAUCUAGAGAACUAAGCAGACCGCUUUGGGUUUUCCUGUUUCUUUAAAGGUGCUCUACCACAUUUGCAUGCUUGGCUGUUUUCUCCCCCAUCACCAGAGCUCAUGUUUUCUCCACAUAUUCUACAGGCCUAUCGUCAUCCAGGCAGCUGGGCCUGGAAGGACCUCAUGUAGUUCCUCCCAGUCCUAGAGAGGCAAAUGAGUUAAAAACUGCCCUUUUCUUUUUUAAUCUGUCUGGCCUGGCUUAUCUCAAGAUGCAAAUGUGUACAAAUGGAGGCCAAGCUGGAGUUUGGCCAUGGGUUAGAAUAUUUUUCACAAGUUUGAUGAGUCCAGCUUUGGAUGGUCUGCCAAGAAAAGAUGGGUGUUUGGGAGACAAUGGCAUGGAAAUGAAGUUUGUUUAGAGAGCCAUGGCGUAUUCUGCUAAAUUCUUAUGAGCUGA